UCGAGUGAACAACGCCAUGGCUUUCGGCUUUUUGUGGCUCCUCCCCGUUGUGGCCCUCUCGUCUCUGGUUGCCGGUUUGGAUUUCUACACCGCCGGCGUUGUGGAGUUCCGACCCUCCAUUGUGGGCGGCAGCUCGGAGCAACUGCUGGCCGAGAAUCUGGAGGGCUACCUGCAGCUCAUAGCCGCCGGCAAUGGCACCACUGACAUUCUCGUCUUUCCGGAGGCCACUCUCAACACUGUCCUCCAGCUGACGGCAGUGCCGGCCUCCACGGACCAGAGUUUGUGCGACGAGUCCUCCCAGGACGACCCAGAGAUAGCUCCGUUCCUGCGACGACUGGCCUGUGCUGCUCAAGAAUUCCACACCUACCUGGUGGUCAAUGUAAAGGAGAAGGCUCCGGACGAAGGUAGCGCCUCCGGAUAUGCCGUCUACAAUACGAACGUUGUCUUCGACCGGAACGGUGCUGUGGUCUCGCGUUAUCGCAAGUGGAACCUCUACCUGGAGUCCCAAACCAGUCGCACUGAGAGUCCGGAGCUGGCCACUUUCCAUACGGAUUUCAACGUAACCUUUGGCCAUUUCGUGUGCUUUGACAUGCUCUUCUAUUCUCCGGCCCAGGAGCUGGUGGAAGGGUUGGGUGUCCGGCAUGUGAUUGUCACCAAAAUGUUCAACUCGGAGCUGCCUUUUCUGACGGCCGUACAAUUUCAACAGGGCUGGGCCUGGGCCAACAAGGUGAAUCUCCUGGCAGCCGGUGGCAGUCUUCCCCAGGCCGGAAUCAGUGGCAGUGGCAUCUAUGCCGGAGUCCAAGGUGCCGUGGCCCAACUCCUAAUCACGGAUAGCGAUGAGGGUCAGAGGAAAUUGCUACUGGCACGGCUACCCAUCAACCCGGAUGAUCUCCUGCCCCAAGAGGAGGAGCCUUUGCAGCCGGAAGCCAUAACAUCCGUUCGCCUAAAGCUUCUACAGCAACCGGAUGUGAAAAUGUUCAGCACCUGGGAGUUGCCGAUGAUUGAAGGAAGUUCUGUUAAGAAAAGGAUUUGUCAGGAUGAUCUCUGUUGUCGAUUCGAGAUCGAUUGGACUACGAAUGGAUCGAUUCCGGGCUACAGUUACCGAAUGGGCGUCUGGGUGGGUAGGAGGAGGUACGAGGAGGAGCAGUACAGCUCGAUCCGACUUUGUGGACUCUUCGCCUGCCGGAAUGGCGAUGUCGGGAGUUGUGGCCUUUUGGAUUCCGGGGAUAAUAUAGUCCAGAUGACACAAGGCUUGCAGUUCACGAAACUCCUCAUCGAGGGCGAGUUCGUUCGUCGUCCCAGGCGCCUGAUCUCGCCCAGCACUCUGAGCUCCUCCACUUUCUAUCCCCUGCAGCCGAGUCAGUUGUCCUGGGUUCUGUCCGAGGAGCAGCAUAAUGUGACGCUGGUGAGGAUGGAACUGAAAGAGCCUCGAGGAGAGCUAAUGACGUUUGCCAUUUAUGGGAAUUAUUUUGAUGAAAAUGCAGGAGGUGGCGGAAAUGCCCUUGGAAAUGGAUCGGGAGUCCUUUUGUCUGUUUUACUGGUCCUUUUACUGACUAUUAGGGUGUAUCUUAACUGAUUCGAUACUUGAUUUUAAAUUAUUUUAAAAUUUUAACAGCAACUUGAG